AAUAAAAAGAAUCCCAAAACAUAGGGUUAAAAACAAAGGCCCAAGAACAUGAAGCCGCCAGAAAAGGCCACAACAUCACGACUGAUCGGCCACUGAUCCCAAAUUUCAUCGCCCAUGAUGCGCACCCGAUCAUUCUUAGUGGGUUCUGCAGAAUCUUGAGUUGUAUCAAGAUUUAUAGAAUUUUAUCAAAACCCAUGCGAAGCAACACAUAUUUUCAGAGCUGUUUCAUCAUACAAGAUUUGGAUCUUGAAGAUUUUCUACAGAAAGAUUGAAACUUGGAGCCUAAUUGAUGCAAUAACAGCAAAAUAAGGUAUGACUCAACCGUCUGUUAUUUUGGCUACUGCUAGCUAUGACCACACUAUUAGGUUCUGGGAGGCUAAAAGUGGGCGGUGCUAUCGAACCAUUCAGUACCCAGAAUCCCAAGUUAACCGGCUUGAGAUAACUCCAGAUAAGAGGUUCCUGGCUGCUGCAGGGAACCCGCACAUUCGACUCUUUGAUGUUAAUUCGACCAGCCCUCAGCCUGUGAUGAGCUAUGAUUCACACACGAACAAUGUUAUGGCUGUAGGGUUCCAAUGUGAUGGAAAAUGGAUGUACUCGGGUUCAGAAGAUGGAACCGUAAAGAUUUGGGACUUGAGGGCCCCUGGGUGCCAGCGAGAAUAUGAAAGUCGUGCUGCUGUUAACACCGUUGUUUUGCAUCCUAAUCAGACUGAGUUGAUAUCCGGUGACCAAAAUGGCAAUAUUCGUGUAUGGGACUUGACUGCAAAUUCGUGCAGCUGUGAGCUGGUGCCAGAGGUUGAUACAGCAGUUAGAUCACUGACAGUUAUGUGGGAUGGAAGUUUGGUGGUUGCUGCAAACAACAAAGGAACAUGUUACGUGUGGAGGUUAUUGCGUGGAACACAGACCAUGACCAACUUUGAGCCACUUCACAAGCUACAGGCUCAUGACGGUUACAUCCUUAAAUGUCUUCUUUCACCCGAGUUUUGUGAGCCUCAACGGUACCUAGCAACUGCGUCUUCUGAUAGUACAGUUAAGAUAUGGAAUGUAGACGGUUUCACCUUGGAGAAAACCCUCGUCGGACAUCAACGUUGGGUGUGGGAUUGCGUGUUCUCUGUAGACGGUGCUUAUCUCAUUACAGCGUCUUCGGAUACUACAGCGAGGUUAUGGUCGAUGUCUACUGGUGAAGAUAUCAGAGUGUAUCAGGGACAUCAUAAAGCCACCGUGUGCUGCGCUCUUCAUGAUGGUGCAGAAACUACCGGUGCUUGAUGUCGGUGGCGGUUUUCUUAAGAUUGUAUUUGAUGUGUGUUCCGGGUGCAAGUCAGCGUCGUAUUCUACCGCCAUGCUUCGCUGCAGGUUGCUAGAUGGUGCUUAGUUGGGCCAUAGUUUGAUCCUCAUAGUGUGUUUAAUUAAAUUGUUUGUUUGAAGGAUGUAAAUUGUGUUUCCUUGAUGUCACACCUCAUUUGUUUAUCUAGUAAACCUUCUUUUUUUGUUUUG